AUCAAAGCUUUUCAACUGUGUCUGCAACUUCCAACUUCCUUCAUUUCGUAACCUUGUCGCCCUAAUUUCUCCAAAUAUGCUCUAGUUUCCCCUAAGUCUUCUCUCUCUCUCCAAUUAUUCGCUAUUUUUGCCUUAGUUCUUCUCUCUCAUGGAACAUAGCCCUGUUUUGUGCCCUAACCGAUACUUCACAUGAGACUUUCAAUUUGGCCUCAUUUUGAUCCAUCGCUCUUUUUGUGCAUGUAAAUUUUUGCCCUAAUUUCAUUCUCUCAGUUCUACAACUUAUUUGCAGUAGUUAUUGAAUUUGUUCUGCAGUUUUUUUUUGCAGUAUUUAUUGAAUUUGUGCAUUUCUGAAUUGUGUUUGCUAUAGUUUGGACUAGUCCUUCGUUUUCUGCGUCUUUUGUGCUCUAAUCCUUCCAAGUCUUCAACUUCGCUCUAAUCCUUCCAAGUCUUGAACUUCCAUUGAAGGGUCUAAUCUUUCCAAGUCUUGAACUUCCGUUGAAGUGUUCAAUCUAAGCCUGAUCACUACUUUGAUGCAUUGAGAGAUACAAUGGGAAACUGCUUUUCUAGCAAAAAUAAGAAGCCUCCUCGAAGGCUUGGGAGUAGCCAUGGCCAGGCCAUUGGUUCGAGCUCAAGAUAUGGAGGAAAAGGCAGAUCUAUGAGGAAGGAGAAGGUCGAAGAAGCUCUGAUUCAUGAGCAAGCUCUUGCUGCUCUUCUUCUGCAGCAAAAUGGUGUUGCACCAUUUGAUCGAUCUUCUUCGCUUAGGUAUCCUGGGCCUGGACCUAAGCAAACUCUUCCUCGAAGCUCUAGUUCCAGGGCGAGGUCCAUGACUGAUCCACUUCUUAAACCGCAACAACUAGUUAAUCAGGACUUGAAGAUAGAUGAUCUAGAGACGAAUCACUUUCUUCUUGUUCAUGGCGGUGGGUUUGGUGCUUGGUGUUGGUACAAAACCAUAACCCUCCUAGAAGAAGGUGGAUUCAAGGCCACUGCCAUUGACCUAACCGGUUCUGGAAUAGACUCCUCAGAUGCAAACAGCAUUUCAAGUCUCUCACAAUAUGUUAAGCCUCUUCUUGAUUUUCUUGAAAGGCUUGGAGAUGGUGAGAAGGUCAUUUUGGUUGGGCAUGAUUUUGGAGGUGCUUGUAUAUCAUAUGCUAUGGAGGCUUUUCCACAAAAAGUUGCAAAGGCUGUUUUUGUUGCUGCAGCAAUGUUGACAAGUGGACAGAGUGCACUUGAUUUGUUCUCUCAACAGGCCAUCCCCAACGAUCUUAUGCAGCAAGCUCAGAUAUUUUUGUACGGGAAUGGAAACGAUAGACCUCCUACUGCCAUUGAUCUCGACAAGUCAGGUUUGAGGGACUUGUUAUUUAACCAGAGCCCUGCUAAGGACAUUGCCCUUGCCUCAGUUUCCAUUAGGCCAAUUCCCUUUCCACCAGUCCUUGAGAAACUUGUCUUGACACCAGAAAACUACGGCUCUGUUCGCCGAUUUUUCGUGGAAACACAAGAAGACCAUGCCAUACCCCUCGACCUUCAACAAAGCCUCAUAAAAGCGAACCCUCCUCAUAAGGUUUUCAGGCUCAAGGGAAGCGACCAUUCCCCCUUCUUCUCAAAACCCCAAGCUCUACACAGGCUUCUCGUUGAGAUUUCAAAGAUUCAGUAAUCGAAUUCUGGUGUUGACUGCCCCGGAAUCCGUAGUUUGUUUUGCUGACCCUCUGACCUUGAAAGAGAAAGUGCAGAAUGAUCCAUGUGAAUAGAAAAGUUAUGGUCAUAAAUGGCAGCGAUAGAGAGAGGCGCCCAUAUCACUUGGGUAAUGUCCCGCUUUGUGGUUCCGUUAUCUACAUCACCGUCCACCUAUUGAUUGGAUGGUGAUAACACUUGUGAAUACAGUUUUUGUAUUAUCAUGUGGAUCAAUGUGCUUUCCACCAUUAGAAACCCGAAUUGAAAUUUAAUUAGUUGCCCUGAAAGCCCUGGUCUUUCGGCAACCCACUUGUCACAAA